AUGCAACUUGUACCGAAGGUUGAGUCUCUUGGGGCUAGCAUAAGUCUUAAAUGUGCAGUGGAGGAAGAGCUUCAGGCUCCCCAUGCGAAGAGAGGACCAUUCUUUGGCCCAGCAAAAGAUGUGAAGAUGGAGGCAUCUGCACCAAAGAAAGAUGUGAAAGGGAAAGGAAAAGAAUGGGAGGAAGAGUCAGGGCAUGCUAUCCUCUAG